UAUAUUAGUUUCUUCUUUGGAUAUAUCUGCCUGUCCGUAUUAAUUGAUCUGAUCCUAAUUAUAUAUUUCCCUCCCAAAAAAUAUAAUAAAAGAGACAUAUGACUGAUUGAUUAUUAAUGGACUUAAUUAUACACAGAAAGCUGUUGCAGUUGCUGCUGAUAUACCAUGCCAAGUACAGACAACGCCACCAUCAUAAUUAAUGGAGAUCAUGACUCCUCACAUCCCAGUAGUACAAAUGCAGUCCCCUUUUACAAGCUCUUUCUCUUUGCUGAUUCCAUUGACAAGUUACUCAUGAUUGUCGGUUCAUUCGGUGCUAUCGGAAAUGGCUUGUCCAUACCUCUUAUGACUCUCCUUUUUGGUCAACUCAUUGAUUCUUUCGGCCUAAAUGCAGGCUCCGAUGUCGUUAAAUCUGUUUCAAAGGUAGCACUCAAGUUUGUGUAUUUGGCCAUAGGAUGUGGUGUGGCCGCAUUUCUUCAGGUGGCUUGUUGGAUGAUCACCGGUGAAAGGCAGGCUGCACGUAUCAGGAGCCUUUAUUUGAGAACAAUUCUACGACAGGAUGUUUCUUUCUUUGAUAAGGAGACCAAUACUGGAGAAGUCAUUGGUAGAAUGUCUGGCGAUACUGUACUAAUUCAAGAUGCCAUGGGCGAGAAGGUUGGAAAGUUUAUACAACUGGUAGCAACAUUUGUGGGAGGAUUUGUAGUGGCGUUUAUGAAAGGAUGGCUUCUUACGCUGGUUAUGCUGUCAUCCAUUCCUUUGAUGGUGAUAUCUGGUGCUAUCAUGUCUAUUGUACUUUCCAAGAUGGCAUCUCGCGGCCAGAAUGCCUAUGCUAAGGCUUCUAUUGUCGUCGAACAGACUAUCGGCUCCAUUAGAACUGUUGCCUCGUUUACUGGGGAAAAGCAGGCUGUGGCAGAGUACGAGAGGUCCCUUGUGAAGGCUUACAAGUCAGGUGUUGCUGAAGGGUUGGCCAGUGGUUUAGGUUUUGGAUCAGUGAUGUUCAUUAUAUUCUGCAGUUAUGCUCUGGCUAUUUGGUUUGGUGCAAAGAUGAUCUUGGACAAGGGCUACACAGGUGGUGAAGUGCUCAAUGUCAUUAUUGCAGUAUUAACUGGUUCCAUGUCACUGGGACAAGCAUCUCCUUGCAUGACAGCAUUUGCAGCAGGACAAGCUGCGGCUUUCAAGAUGUUUGAAACUAUUAAUAGGAAACCUGAAAUAGAUGCAUACGAUAGCAGAGGGAUAAUACUCCAACAAGACAUACGUGGGGAUGUUGAACUAAGAGAUGUUUUUUUUAGCUAUCCAACCAGACCUAAUCAGCAUAUAUUCACUGGCUUCUCUCUCUUCAUCCCUAGUGGCACUACCGCUGCUUUGGUUGGACAGAGUGGCAGCGGAAAAUCCACUGUCAUUAGUUUGAUUGAGAGAUUUUAUGAUCCUCAAUCUGGUCAACUACUCAUUGAUGGAACCAAUCUUAAAGAUUUCCAGCUCAAGUGGAUUAGGUCAAAGAUCGGCCUCGUCAGCCAAGAACCUGUGCUUUUCACAGCAACCAUUAAGGACAAUAUUUCUUACGGCAAAUAUGGUGCAACUACUGAUGAAAUUAGAGCCGCUGCAGAACUAGCAAAUGCUGCUAAAUUCAUUGAUAAACUCCCUCAGGGACUGGAUAGUAUGGUUGGUGAACAUGGAACUCAGCUCUCCGGUGGACAGAAACAGAGAGUUGCCAUAGCAAGAGCAAUUCUAAAAGACCCUAGAAUAUUACUUCUAGAUGAGGCUACAAGUGCACUUGAUAACGAGUCUGAGAGGAUUGUUCAAGAGGCAUUAGACAGGAUUAUGGUCAACAGAACCACCAUCAUUGUCGCACAUCGUUUGACCACAGUCAGGAAUGCUCAUAUGAUCGCCGUCAUCCAUCAAGGGAAAAUGGUUGAAAAAGGCACCCAUGAAGAACUACUCCAGGAUCCUGAAGGGGCGUAUUCCCAGCUGAUACGCUUGCAAGAAGUAAACAAAGACACGGAACACGUUGAUGACGAGGAAAAAUCGGAUAGCAAACAGUCAGGUCAAAGGAUGUCUUUCAUGCGAUCCAUUAGUAGAGGAUCCUCCGAAAUAGGAAGUAGCAGUCGCCGUCAGUCAUUACCAACAUCAUUUGGUCUACCUGCACCCAUCAACGCAACUGAAAAUGCAUACGUAACUUCCCUUGAAAAGUCUCCAAAAGUCCCCAUUUUUCGCCUUGUCAGUCUAAAUAAGCCCGAGGUGCCAGUGCUGAUACUGGGAGCACUAUCCGCCAUUGUUAAUGGUGCAAUAAUGCCAAUUUUCGGUAUACUAAUCUCAAGUGUGAUAAAAACCUUUUACGCGACACCACAUAUAUUACGAAGGGAUUCCAAAUUCUGGUCCCUCAUGUUUAUGGUCCUUGGAGCAGUGUCUUUGAUUGCCUUUCCAGCAAGAACGUAUCUUUUUGGGGUGGCGGGGAACAAGCUGAUCAGGAGAAUUAGGUUAAUGUGCUUUGAAAAGGUUGUGAACAUGGAGGUUGGUUGGUUUGACGAGGGUGAACAUUCGAGCGGUGUGAUUGGAGCAAGGCUGUCUGCUGAUGCUGCGAGUGUACGUGCACUAGUUGGGGAUACACUAGCACAGAUGGUUCAGGAUAUAUCUGCAGCAAUAGUGGGGCUUGCUAUUGCUUUUGAAGCUAGUUGGCAGUUGGCACUUAUCAUUCUUGCUAUGAUACCCCUCAUAGGACUGAGUGGAUAUGUGCAGAUCAUGUUCAUGAAGGGAUUCAGUGCAGAUGCUAAGGUGAUGUACGAGGAAGCAAGUCAAGUGGCUAACGAUGCUGUUGGGAGUAUAAGAACAGUGGCUUCGUUCUGUGCAGAGGAGAAGGUGAUGGAUAUGUACAAGAAAAAGUGUCAAGGACCAAAGACAAAUGGGAUUAGACAAGGAUUGAUUAGUGGUGUAGGCUUUGGUUUAUCUUUCUCUUUGCUGUUUCUUGUCUAUGCUGCCAGCUUUUACGCAGGAGCUCGUCUUGUUCAGGCUGGCAAAAUCACAUUUACAGCUGUAUUUCGUGUAUUCUUUGCUCUAACAAUGGCAGCAGUGGCAAUCUCCCAAUCGAGUUCGUUAGCUCCGGAUUCAACCAAAGCUAAGAGCGCAGCUGCUUCUAUAUUUGCCAUUCUUGACAGCAAGUCUAAGAUUGACCCAAGUGAUGAUUCCGGGAUGAAGCUUGAAAAUGUCAAGGGGGAUAUCGAACUGAGACACGUCAGUUUCAAGUAUCCAACUAGGCCUGAUGUUCAGAUUCUACGCGACCUCACUUUGACAAUACGCAGCGGCAAGACAGUUGCUUUAGUUGGGGAGAGUGGGAGCGGGAAAUCAACAGUGAUAUCAUUGCUGCAGAGAUUCUACGAUCCAGAAUCAGGUCAAAUAACAGUAGACGGAAUAGAGAUACAUAAAUUCCAGCUGAAAUGGCUGAGGCAGCAGAUGGGGCUUGUCAGCCAGGAGCCCGUUCUGUUCAAUGACACAAUCAGAGCAAACAUUGCUUACGGAAAGGAAGGAAACGCAAGCGAAGCAGAGAUCAUAGAGGCAGCAGAGUUAGCCAACGCCCACAAAUUCAUAAGCGGGCUGGAAAAGGGAUACGAGACGAUGGUGGGGGAGAGAGGGGUACAACUGUCCGGUGGACAAAAACAGAGAGUCGCCAUAGCAAGGGCCAUGAUAAAAAGUCCAAAGAUACUACUGCUGGAUGAGGCCACCAGUGCUUUGGAUGCAGAGUCUGAGAGGAUAGUUCAGGAUGCACUCGAUCGAGUUAUGGUCAACCGGACUACAGUGGUUGUAGCUCACAGGUUAUCCACAGUCAAAGGAGCACAUGUUAUUGCUGUUGUAAAAAACGGAGUUAUCGUUGAGAAAGGGAGCCACGAUACUCUCAUCAACAUCAGAGAUGGCUUCUACGCAUCACUAGUCUCCCUUCACACCACCGCUGCUUCAUCUUAAUUUCUACCAUAUAAAACACUCUUCUGAGCACCACCCCCUGAUUCAUUACUAGCAGUCUGUAUUUUCAAUCUUACUACUUUGUCAGACCAUUUUUAAUAACUUGGUACUGGAGAAUUAUUUUUCAUGGUUACUAAAGAAAGAAAGAAAUGAUCUUCACAAA